CCUAGGAGCUGUUGCUCGGUGUGUCAAGAUGGCCGCCGCCGGUGGCGCGGUGCGCGGGUUGCUGUUGCGCAUGCGCGCGCUCGUGGUGUGCAGUGGCGGGGAGGUAUGAGAUUGGAAGGCGGUUAUCGGCACUAUACCAAAUAAAAGCGAGCUGCAGAAAGCAUACCUAUUCCUGAGCGUGCUGCUGAGUAACUGAAAGAAACGGAACAAGGAAGAAACUGAAAAGUCUAAUCCCAGUUCUGUGCUAACAGCAGAGAGAUUGUGAAACUAAAUGCUCUUUCUGGAGUGCAGUUCAGAAGUCCCAUGAAGAGCAGUAUUUUAUGAGCUACUGAGUAGAUACUGGAUUUGUAGCUGUUUGAAGUCUGGCCUCAUCAGUAUUAAUUCCAGCAAAGAAGUAAGACUACCAAAGGUUUGGAGGCAGGAAGAUUGGGAUAGAACUACUGAAGCGAAGACUACUGAAGGAGACCUUCCCAAGCUGGAGUGGGCAGGAGAGUUUCUCCAUUGUGAAGGUGAAUUAUACAAUCUCAAGAUUCAGAGUUGAUGCUGUAGAUAUACCAGAAACUUCUGCUUCCUUUAUUCCUGGCACUGGCGUUAGUUUAUCAGUGGCACAUGCUUCUGCUAUAAUCAGUGCAGACUGGAGAGUGAAAACAUGGCUACUCAAAGACCAAGGAGGAUUUACCCUGUCCAUCUCAGAAUUAUUCAUUGCAAGUGUCUUCAAAGUAUCACGGGACAGCACAGGCCACUUGUCUGUGUUGCUGCACAGUUGCCAGCUGAGCAUUGGUAGUGUAAAAGUCAAAUUAAAUGAAGGAUCUAGGUAUGUAUGCUAGCUGGAUCUAUAGCUUCCUAUCUGGUUAUCUUGAGAAGGCCAUUCAUUCCAAACUGGAGGAAAAUAUAUGCCUAAAUAUCAAAUACAAAAUACAAAUGAUGGAUGCACAGCUUAGAAAGCAGAAAGUCUUAAGCCAAAUAGAUGCCUUUGCACAAAUAGACUAUUCCCUAGUUAGUUCUCCAGCAGUCUUCAAAUCACACAUUAACUUGGAUUUGAAGGGCACAGUCUAUCCAGUAGGAAAUCACACAGACCCUCCCCUUGUGCCUGCUCCGUUUGGUCUCCCAAGCAAAGGUGAUUCCAUGCUCUACUUAGGAGUCUCCAGUUAUUUUCUUAAGACUGCUACAUUGGCUUACUACAAAGCAGGGGUCUUUAACAUCACCAUCUCCAAAGACCUUGCUACUACUUUUAACCUAACUACAGCCAUGCUGAAAGAUUUUGUUCCUGAGAUUGCUCCGCGCUGCCCGACAGCGUGCCCAGUGCUUCUGAAACUGAUGGCUACAUCACCACCUGUUGUCAGUUUGCAGUCAGACACGUGCAGACUAUGGAUCACUGGAUCUGUAGAGGUGUUUGCUGUUCUGCCAAAUUCAACCAUCCAGUACAUCUUUACAGGGAAUCUAACAACAAGUACCAGAAGCAAUUUGACAGUAAUCAAACAGAAGCUGAUCAUCUCGUUACUUCUGAAGAGGCUCCACUUCUCCCUGCUGCACUCUGCUGUUAGAUUCUCUCAGGUCUCACUGGUGGAGAAUUUUCUGUCUUACACUUUACGAAGGGUAGUGAUCCCAGUAAUCAAUGGUAAGAAUUAUGGCCAGUUCCUGAGCACAGUGGGUGGGAAAGCAAGUCUGAAACCAUUAAAGAGAGUGCACAGCUUCAAGGGCUGUAGUGUGAGAAGUUUUCUGUCAGUUUGACUACACCUGGACAGCUGUCUGUACUGAUCCCUCAAUCACCUGAAUCAGACAAAGGCUGGAACAGAGCAGGUCUCAGCUCCUUUCCAAACAAUGUGCAUGAGUUUCCAUCUCACUGAAAGAAGUGCAGCAGCAGAGGUCAGACAUGCUUGAGAUAAGACUCAAUCUCAUCUCAACAGAGUCAAGCCAUAACCAGAGAACAGUCCAGAUCUGGGAAGCUCAGAAGCACAUCUGCAUCUUGUGACUUUGGGAUAGUGUAACAUUAUCACUUCCCUCUGCAUUUAUGCUCUGCCUGCUACCCCAGGCAGGACAAAGUAGAAAAUCAGCUCAGUGAGAUGUAGAGAGUGAGGGAUGAUGAAGAAAGAGGUGAAAGUGAAAAGAAACAUAUGGAAUAGUAUAGAAGGUGCCUGUGGGAUAAGCAAGGGCAAGGAGACUGCUAGGAAGGAGGUGAAAUAUUAAUGAGGGGAAAGGAGGGAUGCAAAAGUCAAAUGGUUGAAAAAGCAAGUAGGACAAAACCUCGGGCUUGACCCAGGAAAGUAGGAAUGGAUGAAAAUAAGAGGGAUCCAUAGGCUUAGAUGACCAUAUAGAGAAUAAAAUGAAAGGAAGAUGGCAAAUAAGUCAGAGUGGGAAACACCAGAAACCACAUCCCGUGGAGUAGAUGUCUGAAAAGGACCAAAGGCAGAUUGCAGUGUCAGACAACUGAGAAAUUUUGAGAGGUCUGUCCACUACUUUUUCGUGGGAAUUGUUGCUUCUUAGCAAAUACAAGCAUCACA